GCUCUUGCUCCACCUCAAGAAAGUAAACAGCUCGGCUCUGCACCUCUUAUCGCCCCCGAGCAGGCGCGUAAACCGCGCCGCGCUAUCCAAGGUAUCUAAACACAAGACGAGCCCCCCCCAACUGAAGCUGCGACAGACGCGUUUGUGGCAGGUUGUUCUCCAGGGAUGCAGGUUGGGACAACGGAGGGACACGGUGUUUUGUGCUUUCGGAGAAGACUAAAGGAUGACAUGUGAUCACCUGAGCCGAGUGUUGGUGCUUGCCAUAGCGUUCUGCGCCGUGCCAACGGCUUCCAGCGGCGCGCAAGAUUUCCAAAAGAAAGUGGCUUUGCUGCUGAAAGAAGAGCCAGAAAACCCCAAGUGCUUUGCUGAGAGCAAAAAGGACUUCACAUGCUUCUGGGAGGAGGACGAGGAAAGGGCUGGCUCCGUGGAUCAGUACUCCCUCACAUACACCUACCAAAACGAACGCAGCAGCAGCUGCCCACUCAGAACCCUCCCUGCGGCGGACGGGAAGAUGCUGUUCAUCUGCCACCUGAAUCAAACCCAGAUGUUUGUCCAAAUGGACAUCCAAGUUCGCCGGGCGGGACGACUGAUCCACAAUCGCAGCCUUCUCAUCGAGCUCCUCUUUCUUCUCGACCCUCCCGCCAACGUGACGGUGAGCGGCACGGGUAAACAGGGCCAGCUGAAUGUCAGCUGGCUGCCGCCUCCUCUCAAGUACAUGGCUGACAGCAUGAUGUACGAGGUCAGCUACGCUGCAGCAGACAGCCACGUCGGGCAGGUCGAGGUGGCACGCGCUAGUUCAGAGAUGAUCCUGAGAGGCCUGCAGCCGGGUACGAAGUACAAGGUGCGAGUCCGUGUGAAGCUGGACGGGAUAAGCUACAAUGGCUAUUGGAGUUCCUGGAGUGACCCAGUGUUCACCGAAACACUGCCUGCAGAGUUCGACCCGCUCAUCAUGCCCCUGACUCUCAUCGUCUCCUUCAUCCUCAUUGUGCUGUCUCUCACUACACUCCUGUUCCUUCGCAGGUUUCUGACAAAGAAGAUUUGGCCGACUAUUCCAACUCCUGACAGAAAGUUCCAAGGUCUUUUUUCUGUUUACGGCGGGGACUUUCAGGAGUGGUUAGGGCACACCAAUGGGGGCCUAUGGUUGACGCCCGAUUUGUUCUACUCGGAGGAAUACCAUUCCCCCCUGGAAGUGCUCUCGGAGCUCAGCCUUUGCCCUUCACUGCCCUCCCCGCCUCUGCCACCCAAGGUCUCCAGAGCUUUGCCUGCAGACAGGAAGGAGGGCAGGGAUGUGAAAGGGCAGUGUGAGAGAGAGUCUGCAGAGAGGGAAAAUUCCCCUCCGACAGAGGGAUGGAGAGCCGCGCCACACAACCACUGGCUGAUGGAGCGCUUACGGGCACUCCACCAGCAGCCCCCUAUGCCCUGCUCCCAGUCGUCUCUGCUGGAGUCUCAAGACACCUAUGUCACCCUCAGCAACCACAACCACAGUGAGGGCGAGCACCUGGACGAUGCCCUCCAAGAGGUCUUACCCCUUGAGGUUUUUUUUGCCUCCAGAAAGACUGUCCUCUGUGAAUCCCACUCUGACCUGGGGUCUGUGCAGCAGAGUUCGGGUUCGGGUCAUCUUUCGUCCCAGUCCAGCUUUGAGUACCCGAACCACCCUUGGGCAUCCAAAACCCCGGGGUACACCUACAUGGCAGUGGCAGAUUCCGGGGUCUCUAUGGAUUACAGCCCCAUGAGCCGAGUAGACGAUAUUGGGCGAGUGGUUAUCUACGCCAACGAGUACGAGAACGAGAUCCCCGGUCCCAGGGGACCAUUCCUGCCGAGGCAUCGCUCUGUCCACGAUGACGGCUGAGGAAGAGCUCAGCUGAACGUGGACAGAGACCUGAGGCAACUUAGGUGGAGGGUAUCUGGAAGUUCACCCGAAACUACAUAGCCUCACAUCAACUGUUAAAGAGAGGUGUCUCAAGGGUUUUGGCUCUGACUGAAACAAGAGAGCCGACUCAUACCCAAGUGUAAGCUAAAGGACUCCAAGUCCACCGGAUGUACAUACAGUGCGUUUUGUACUUUAGCAAAGUCAUCCCCGAUCUGUACAGUACAACACCAUUUUUAACGGAAACGGCAGCUGAUAUUCAAUGUGAAAGGUCUGUAUUCCGAUCUCUUACUAUCCUGUUGAACGGAUCAGAAUUUCUUUUAUAGAACUGAUUUGUACAUAUUUAAGUUAAUGUACUCUUAUUUUGAAGCGUAAAUGAACAGCUUUUAGGUUAGAAUACAGAGCGUACAUACAGAAAUGGAAGACUGCGAACAAUAAGGGGCUUGUGCAUUUUCCUUCCACUUCUGAUAUGUUUUUUCGAAUGAGCCUGGAGAUAUUCUUUAAUUUUCCUGUUGUCAACAAAUCCCAUGGUAAAAGACUUAAACCAAAAAUGAACUGGUCCUGGUACACGUUAUGUCUUUGUAGGCUGGACAGAAUUUCAUCCAUUCUAAGCACCGCUGUCCAGCUCAGCUGUGCUUUCUGCUAUAUGCAAAAAUCAACUUGCUCAAAAUACGGAUGUUCAUGAUGUCAUAUUUACCAUGUUCACCACCUUAGUUUAGCAUAUAAACAUGCCAUCAUUUGGUUAUUUGCCUUAAGCACAAGUACAGCUGAGGCUGAUGUUGAAUGACGUCGCAGGUAUUUUGUUACAAAUCAAAGUCCUGGCCAAACUAAUCCUUGACAUGGUGACGAUGACGCUACACAAAAAGUCAGGGAAUCAUCAAAAUAGUUGCAGUUCAUCCUGGGGGGAACAUGAAUGUCUGAAUGGAUUUAUGGCCGUUCAUCCUGCGCUUUCCAAGAUAGCUAGCAGUGUGACAUACACAGUAUUCCUUCAUCACGAUGAACACGGUAACAUCGAUUUGAAUCGUGCUGUCAAUACUAAGUAGAGCACCAAAUGUGAUUUAAUCCUCCGUGGAAAAUCGUCCCCAACAAAAACACCCUUUAUGCCUGUUUGCCUGACUUAUGCUAAAAACUAUAGUGCCCAGCUAUUUAAGGAACUUAGACUCUUCCUUUUUUUUGUAAAUGAAAGUGUAUAUUUGUGCUUAAUUUUUAGGAUUUAUGUCUUUGCAGAAAUGUACGUUUGGGAAGUUAGAAAAUAUCGAAAGGCCAACUACAAGAUUGUUUUGCUCUUUUCAUGGGGAUUGUUGACAGUAACAAAAAAAUUAAGAAUAUUGCCUGAUAUGUACACCCUCAAAUUUGUAUUCACCCGGCAGCCAUAAAGCUAGUGUCAUUUCCAAACCUGAAAAACUGUAUUUGUUAAUAACAUUAUGAUGUGUUUUUGUAUUUUAUCACAGUCGUUUCAGAGAGUUAUAAAAGAAGAGCGAUGUUGCCAUUCCCCAAACACAUUAUCCUGAACAAAUAGAAUAAAAAUACUACUGUAGGCGGCACAUGAUUAAGCAGUAUUCACUCUCAGGAACUACAGUUGCUUAUUUAAGUCAAUACUGACAUCUAAAGAGUAAAUCUUAUUAUUCGUGAUAUUUCUAAUCGAAACAUGUAAUUGCAGUUUCCAAAUCAAACAGAAUAAUUUGUAUUUUUUAUGAUUCUUUGCUUUUGUGGCUUAGGAAAAUAGGUUGUAACAUAUAUAUAUUUCUUUACAUUUCUGACUUAUCUUUUGAAACUAAUUAGUGUGACAGCUAACGGAAACAAAGGCAUGUUAAUAGUUUUUCACCACAACGAUUCAUUAUUUAUCAAAUAUGAUUAAGCAAACUUUUAAAUAUCCAUUGUUAUUUUGUAUUAUGUAGCAGACAGUAUAUUGUAAGAGAGGAGGGCUAUCUUUUGGAGAAUCUCUCCUUUUUAGGAUUAAUAUUUUAAUUUGCAUUUCCUAAUUAGUAUUUUACUUUGAGGAAGUAAGAAGAGUACUAUUUCCUUCAAUAUUUUUCAGUCUCAAACAUUUAAAAGAUUUGACAUUGUUUAUUAUUCAAAAUAAUAUUCUAAUUUUUUUAAACUUUUUUUUCUUCUUAUUCGUUAACUACUUUAACUGUGAUAUCACCCACUUUAGUUCAGUUUACUUAGGUCAGUACAUUAAUGCUCUAUUUUUGUCAAUCAGUGGUUCCAAACCAGACUGGACUGGAUCCUCAGGUAGGGUUGCAUUGAGUGAGUGGAAAAGCAAAUAGAACAAACUUUACUAUAGCAUGCAAAGAAUAUGUUUAAGAUACAGUGUGUUGUUUGACUUUUCCCUUCUGACCUACCGUGUAAGAAUUGAUUCAUAUGUUUGAUAAACCUUUAUGUAAUUUUAAACUCAUUAAACUCGUUUUGCAUCUAUAA